AUGUCCUCGUGCCCGCGCUUCACCGUGGCGUAUGCGACGAAAGCGGACGAGACGUGCACGACGCUCGCGACGCGGUUCUUCUUCGCGAACGCGGAUCUGUUCCGCAAGUAUAAUUCCGACCGGCCGUGCGAAGAGCUGGUGGUGGGCGCGGGCGCGGGGAGCAACGGCACCGUCAUCUGCGUGCCGUCGACCGUGGCGCAAAGCACCACGAUUCGACCCAUCGGGGCGCAAUGUGAGCACCGGGGGCGUGGUGGGGCUUGCUCGUGGCUCGAGGCUGAUUCGAGUUGCGUGAAGAUCAAUCAAGACGAUGCUCUGCGGCGCUUGGAAUGCUUGCUGUUGACUCGACUCGCGUCUCUCGAUUGUGCUGCCACCACGCUUUCUGCUCCUUGCUGCCGUGACGUCUCCUUCCCCUCCCUCCUCAUUAAUCCCUCUCUCCUCAUUCCUCCCUCCCUCCCUCCCUCCCUCCCUCCCUCCCUCCCUCCCUCCCUCCCUCCCUCCCUCCCUCCCUCCCUCCCUCCCUCCCUCCCUCUCCCCCCGCGUGUUGUCCGCCAUGCGCGCAUGACAGGGAGCGCGUUGAGCGAUCUAAUGAAGGUGUGGGAUUCCAUGAGCGCGUACGGCUGGCGGAGCAACGCGCCGUGCGCCGCCAUGCUGGGAGUCACGUGCAGCAAGGCGGGCGUCGUCAUCCGCCUCCCACCCACAAGCCCUGCUGCUACCAUCCACCGGUCCACCACUGCACACCACUUUGUUGUUUUGAACACCCUUGAACAGACUCUCUUGAGGAGCGGAGGAGCACCGCCAUGGCAUGGCACCUUCCUUCCUCUCUCGCAUCAUCAUCCCCGCCACGUGCCGAAUGCAACGCUCUCCUCCCUCUCCUCCCGCUCUUCCCUCUGUCGCUCACUCUUCCCCCUUUUUCUCCUCCCCUUGUUCCUGCCCCUCCCGUUGUUCCUGCCCCUCCCGCUGUUCCUUCUCCUCUCCUCUGUUCCUGCUCCUCUACCCAAUUCCUUUGCAUCUGUCCGUCCCUCUUCUCCUCACAGCUGGUUGCCUUACCUCACACUCGGUUCCUACAUCCCACGGACCAUCGCCGCGCUCACCGGCCUCACUUCCCUGUACGAAUCUCCUCCUCAUCCGCUCUUGCCCCUUCGCUUGCCCCUUCUCAUUGCCGCAUCAUCCCUUGGAUUUUUUUCACAAGCGAUUUCUCUGCCACGUCUGCCCUUCCGCCACUCCUCCCACUCCCCCGCCCCCCUAUUCACCAAACACUCGCUCCUUUCUAUCCGCGUCCCCUUCCUUGAUACCCUACUUCCCCACUCCCCCCCACCCGACUCCCCACUGCCCUACUGCCCUUGCCCCUGCAACAGGAACCUGGCGCAGAACUGGUUUCAGGACUCCCUCCCCAACAGCAUCAGCCGCCUUGCAGGCUUACAGGAGCUGUACCUGAACGAUAAUCUGUUGACGGGUCCGUUACCGCUGGGCAUGGCAGCACUCGCACAGCUCAAGACCCUGGACGUGUCUGACAACAAUCUAUGGGGCACUGUUGACGUGCUGGGAAAGCUCAGGAUAUCCUCGCUAGACCUCUCCGACAAUCAAUUCGCGGGAGCAUUGCCUAAGCCAGGAGCGGCCAUCUACCGAGUAUCCAACAACUACUUCUCCUUUGGUCUCCUGCGCCUCAUGGCGGACUGCACGCUCCCCCGCACCAUCACGGGCAACUGCCUCGCCGUCACCCUCGACUACCCCUGCACCGGCCCCGAUUCCACGCAGCAGCGCCCGUUGGAGGUCUGCCACGCGUUCUGCGGGACCAGUCCGUCGGACCUGCCGUGUGGGGGCCACGGGGAGUGUUAUUUAGACGGGCCGAAUCUGAUUCCCACGUGCAGUUGUGACACGGGGUAUGCGCUCGGUCAGCGCCGCACUAAUUGUGUGCCUCUCGGCGUCGCCAUCGGCAUAGCAGUCGACUCCUCAGAUCCCUUCCUCACGCCCAUUCUCCUAGCCAACGCCACCUUCAAAACCGGAGUCCUCUCACUCACCAGCGGCCCCGACAGCGUUGGAGCAGCCUACAUGCCACAGUCCAUCCGUCUCUUCUCCAUCACGCCUCCCGCGAGCGUUCCCGCAGGGACCCCUGUGAAUCCCGCGUCCACCCCAGAGCCUGUCUGCGGCACAGAGCUCAGCUUUAACGCCACCUUCUCCUUUCGUAUUGAGUCCGUUGGGGUGAACCAAAACGCCACGGGCAUGGCGUUUGUCAUCUCGCCCGCCGCCGCGGUCGGCACGGGGGGGAGCGGGCUCGGGUACUUCUCUCUGGCUGGGUCCGUUGCGGUGGAGAUGGAUGCAGCGCAGGACGCGAGCAACGCCGGCGACGGGCCUGCCCCGCACGUGGCAAUCUCAGUCAACGGCGGCGCGACAACUCUCGCCUCGGCAAAGCCCACCACGCUGCUCCUCGUCAUUCCCAGGACGCUUCUCGACCGGCGCUUGUGGGUGGAUUACGACGCGGAUCAGCACAAGAUGUGGGUGUAUCUAGCAGUGGACGAUGGCUCCGACAAGCCCAGCCAGGCGCUGCUGUCUGGAGUGGCGGUGGAUCUGUGCGAUCUGCUGGCACCGUCAGCGAGCGCGUCGUCUUACUACUUUGGGUUCACGGGGUCGGCAGGGAAGGUGCCCAUGCGCCACACCGUCACGUCCUGGAGCAUUGCCACUGUGCCACCGGUGCAGCAAACGCAAGUGGCAAUACCUGCCCCUCCUCUCCCUACUACACCAUCCUGCUUUCCCUCUUCCACUACAGUCACAGGACUCCACCGCAGCAUAUCAACAUGUCAUGUCAUAGUUGCCCAUUGCCCCAUCACUCUCUCCCGCCCGUUCCCUUCCAUUCCUCGGGCCCCCCACAUCUUCAUCCCCCCCCAACUCAACCCGAACCUACUCCUCCCCUCUCUCCUGACCCUCCCCUACUCGCCUCCCUCUUCCCCCCUGUACCCGUCCGGCAUUCUCUCCCUCCCUCUCCUUCCCCACCACCCCUCUCGAACACCCAUGCGCGCCACGGCAGACAUGCCGCUGGGUCUGGACCCGUUGAAAGAGGUGACGAGCUACGGCAGCAACCGGCUGUUCCAGUACGCGUCAGCAGGCUAUGCGCGGUCCCCGGACGGCUCUGACUCGUGGUCGCUGCUCUCACUCUCCUCCUGGCUCACGCCCUCCUUCAUCGCCCCUGUGCUCAACCAGAACGGCUGCGAGGCAUGCUGGGCGUUCGCAGCGGUUGCAAGCAUCGAGUCAGCGCACGCCAUUCUCCACAGCGGGGCCUCGGCUGCACCGCAGCUGUCGGUGACGCAGAUGCUGCAGGCCACGGGCUCGUCCACCUGCACACCCUCCUCGCCCGCGCUCGCCCUGCAAUACGCCAUCAACAUGACCAAUGCGGGCUGUGGUCUCAGCCUUGCCUCCUCCUCGCCCCCGAGUGUGUGUGAGAACACACCGUACAAGGUGGAGUCAUACGCCAAGGUGUCGUUCCAGGGGUGGUUUGGGCUGCUGCUGGCCGUGCAGCGCCAGCCAGCCAUCGUGCACAUACAGGCCGACGCCGACUCCUUCCGCCUCUACGAUGGGACCUACGUGUACCAGGACCCCUCGUGCUACUCGUUCAACCUGAACCACGUGGUGGUAAUAGUGGGGUACCUUAUAGCGGGUGUGGAGUCCAAGGCACCAGGGCUGGCGCCGCCCUACUGGAUCAUCCGCAACUCGUGGGGGCCGGACUGGGGCUCGGGAGGGUAUAUGCGAAUGGCCAUCCAGGGGGGGAAUGGCGUUUGUGGAGUCAACACUCUGCCCGCUCUUGUCCCUGUUGUGAAGGACCCCACAAACCCCUGCAACCCCAGCUCGUUCCGAGUAUCGGGGGGCCCGGCGCUGAACCCGUGUGGGGGAUUCACAUGCUCCGUGGACCCUGCCAACGCCACCACCAACGUGUGUGACUGCAAGCUGCCCUUCGUCAUGGCCACCAACACCGACGGCUCCCGCACCUGCGCCUACUGUACGCCUCCCAUCUGCCCUCCCUGCCCUAUCUGCCCUCCCUGCCCUCCCUGCCGUCUUUGCCACCUCGACUCACUAUUUUCUCCCUUGUGCCCUCUGACCCUCUGUGCCACCUGCGGCUUCUGUACCCCUCCCUCUACUCCACGUGGCGCCCCCAUGCCAUCUCGCCCUCCACCUGUUCCUAAUCGCUCUCCCUUUGCUUUCGACUCACAUGCUUCUCACACGCCACUUGCAAUCCCCCUCCACGCCUCUCCUCUGCAGCAAGUGACGGCUAGUUACUCUUCUCGUGCAAAAUACACCCUUCCUUUUCCUCCUCUCCUGUCCCACUUCUCCAUGUUCGUGCUCAUUCCUCUCCUUCCCUUCCCAUGCAUUUCUUUGCCCUCUCCUUCCCCCUCCUUGCCCUCUCCUUCGCUCUCCUUUCCCUCUCCUUCCUCUCCUUUCCCUCUCCUUCAUCUCCUUUCCCUCUCCUUCAUCUCCUUUCCCUCUCCUUCAUCUCCUUUCCCUCUCCUUCCUCUCCUUUCCCUCUCCUUACUCUCUUGGCCCUCUCCUUUCCUCUCUUUGCCCUGCAGUGGAUGCAUGUGGGACAGCAAACCGCAACCCAUGCCUGGGGAUGCGGGGACGACAUACAUUGUGACAUUCAGCAACGUUCGGUGCUCAGACAUCCACCCCAUCUACAGCCUCACUCUCACAGAGUUCAAGGCCAAAAACGUACGCUCCACAUGCCUCGUGCCCCACGCUUUACGCUACAUGCCAGAUGUCACUUACAAAUGGUCCUCUCUCUUGUCUCCCUCACGCUCCCCCUCCUUCCCUCACAUUCUCACAUUCCAGCCGCUUUCCCCCGUUUCCCCACGUUUACCCAACAUUUAUCCUCCUCAUUUCACCCCAUGCCAUCCCACCCCCCCCCCUUGGCACCUGCCUGUCCUCCCGCCCCACCAGCCCACGGUGAACUGCAACGCUGACAUCCCUGUGGGCACGGAGGUGGAUGUGUCCUCUGCAGUCACCGUCUCCGCCUGCACCGUCCUCUACUACACCUCCUCCAAGGACACCUGUGCAUCGCUCCAAACCUACUUCAACCUCACCAAUAUCACCGCUCUCAACCGCGGUCUGGACUGCACAGUACCACUCAAGCCCAACACUGCCCUGUGUGUGGAACGCAACCCUGCUCUAGCGGGCUUCCGCUACGAGUGCUCUCAGUGGCGCAGCGUCACUGCCAGCGAUACUUGCGACUCACUCCGCCUCUCCGCCAAACCUCCUCUCUCCCCGCUGAGUUUCUUCCGCCUGAACAUGGGGAUUAACUGCGACCACAUGGCGCCUGCUGUCAGCAUUUUGGGCGAGAGCUCCUGGUCUACCAGCUCGUCAGGAUACUUUGGCUUCCAGGUGCAGUGA